AUGUCGAUGGGCCAGGACAUCGUAGAGAUGGACAUGAAGAACAUCGAGCACUUUGCCAGCGAGGUGAUCAAGUUGGCCGACAUGCGCAAGACGCUGCACGAGUAUCUCAAGGCGAAGAUGGACUUGGUCGCGCCCAACCUGGCGGCGCUGAUCGGCGAGAUCAUCGGAGCCCGUCUCAUCUCCCAUGCAGGAAGCUUGACGAACUUGGCCAAGUACCCUGCCAGCACCGUGCAAAUCCUUGGUGCAGAGAAGGCGCUCUUCCGAGCACUGAAGACCAAGGGGAACACGCCAAAAUAUGGCUUGAUAUUCCAUUCGACCUUCAUCGGGCGCGCACAGAGCAAGAACAAAGGCCGAAUAUCUAGGUAUUUGGCCAACAAGUGCUCCUUAGCCUCGCGCAUCGACUGCUUCUCCGACGAGGCCACGACCGUCUUCGGUGAGAAGCUCAAAGACCAGGUAGAAGAGCGGCUAACAUUCCUGUCCGAGGGAACUACGCCACGGAAGAACCUGGAAGUCAUGCAGGAAGCCAUCAAGGAGGUCACCAAGCAACGAAAGAAGAAGGCCAAGAAAGCUGCGGCCGCCAAGGCAGCAGCCGCUGGUGGGGAAACCGUUGAGGAGGGCGCUGUGGAGGUGCCCAAGAAGAAGAAGCGACUUGGCCUUCUUCGCUGGAAAUGCUUCCGAAGUCACCCGGGGUCCGAAGGGGGGUCAGUCGUCCACUUCUAA